GAAGUAUUACUGAAGAUUAAACAACAACAACAAUAGUGCAUCGAACAGUAAAUUAUUAACAAUAAUAUAAACGCUCAUAAAAAAAUUAUGACAGCUGUACUUAUUAUUAUGAUUUUUCACUGUUUCUUAUUAUAUACAAUUGUUUUAUCAAUUGAAUCUGCUACAAAUAAUGUUAAUCAAACUACAAUUAUUCCCAAAUGGACCAAUACAGAGGCUAUUAAAAGCAACUGGACAUUUAAAGAUUAUUUAGAAAAAUACAAAUUAAGCCGAGUUUGGGAAGACAUCUCGAAACGAAGAAAAGCUCAAGGACUGAACAACGUAUCCGAAGAAUUAAAAGAAGUUUUUCAAAGUAUAGAUGCAACAGAUGAUCUUUUGAACAUCAAAUUUCCAAAUGGUGAUCCCAAAAUAAUUACUAAAAAGGACGGAAGACGAUGGCAACCACCUGGAGAUUUAGUUAAUAAUUAUUUUGAUCCUUAUAAUGUUCGACGAAGAAUCUAUGAGCUCAUGAAACAAUCUAUUUACCAAGCAAGAAAUAAAAUGGUAAUUAUGCAGAUAAUAAGAAAACAGUUUAAUACGCACCCAGUCUAUAAAAUGGGUUUUCUUAUAAGCAAAACUGACCAGGCUUGUAAAACGUUCGCUCGAGUUACAACGAAAGCAUAUAGGGACUGCACCUUAAAUCGAAAACGAUGGACGCGGUACACUCUAACGGAAUUUGUUUAUGCCCAAGAAAGAGUCCUCAGUUUGCGGUAUGAAACGGAGUUACUCAUAGAUUUAAUAUAUCUGAAUCACAAUAAUUUGGAAGAUUUGUUAAGUAGCAAUCUGACCAAUCAGAAGGAGAAUUGGAAGUUUGUUGAUUAGAAGCAAAUAUUAGAACGACUGAUAAACCGAAAUUUUAUAGUUUUGAUAAUAUUUUCGUAUUUUUUAAAUUAUAUUUAUUAUUUUUCCAUUAUAAUUUCAACCACUUCCAUAAACCAUUUCA